UGUGUCAUAAAACUCGAUGUGACGAGAAAUCUUGAAAACUUUUUGGUUUUCAGGGUGAACUAAACAAGGCCUAAGGGCAGAAGCCGCCGCCUUCCGCUACCAUUUCGAAACUCCCGAUCCGCGGGGCGACCGUUGCUUCUUCUGCCCCCCCCUCACUCAGCGCCCACGGCUACCAAAUCGGCAUCGCCAGAGGGAGGAAGGGAGGGAGGGAGGGAGCUAGGGAUGGCGUCCAGAGACCUUCGCGGCAGCCCUAGAUCCGCGCCGCGUCGCCAUGGGGCGGCGGCGCCCAAGGACGGCUCCGACCUGCUCAGCCCGCGGUUCCGGUCGGCCGCCGAGCUGGCCGGGUGGGACGAGGAGUCCGUCCUCGCCGCGAUGGUCGUCGAGGACACCCCCGUGCGCGAGUCCCGUCGCAAGAGGCGGGCCUCCACCUCCUCCGCCGGCGGCAGCGCCGGAUCCAGCACCAGAAAGAGGAGGCCUCGUAGGCAGUUUCCGGCCAAGAUUCCGCCGGUGGUUCUCGCGCUCGACGACGAAGACGACAAGACGGACACUGCGGAAGACGGCAAAUCGGAAGUGAAGGCCACCAAGGAGGAAGAGAAGGUUGUCCUUGUGGGCGACAAGGAGGCGUCAGGAUCUGGCGAGAAGGCAGCGGCCACCGGCAACAUGCCGUGUAUGGAUCGCCUCCGGGAGGAGCUCUCUUGCGCGAUUUGCCUGGAGAUCUGCUUUGAGCCGACCACCACGCCUUGUGGGCACAGCUUCUGCAUGAAAUGCUUAAGACAUGCUGCAGCGAAGUGUGGGAAACGGUGUCCAAAAUGCAGGCAAUUAAUCAGCAACUCAAGAUCGUGCACCAUCAACACUGUACUCUGGAACACCAUUCAGCUCUUGUUUCCUAGUGAAGUUGAGGCAAGAAAGAGUUCAACCUCAUCACCUUCACCAUGCGGCAAGGAUGUGAACCGUAGCCCACUGAGAGCUAAUAGGUUCUCACAAGGUGGCACCGGUAUGAGAACUAGAGCUAGGAGCAGCAGCAGCUUCAUCACCGAAGGUAGAACAAGAAGCAGCUACAGGACGUUCCUCGAACCUGGCAGUACAACAAGAACCAACACUAGCGCGAACUUCAUCAGCACACAUGGCAACACAAGAAGCAGUAACAGCAGGAGUAGGGGCUUCGUCUCGGCCUCGCAGCUGCUGUUGCCAAGGAGCACAGUAGGAUCAGAACAAUCUGAAGAUGCUGCGUUGGCUUACAGGUUGCAACAGGAGGAGUUCAUGAAUGCCUUUGAGGAGCCUGAGCAGGAGAGGCAGACACGGAACGCCGUGUCCACAGCACGAGACACUCUGAGAGAAAUCGCCUCCCGGGCCAUCCGCCUCCGUGCUGCUCGAGGCUGGCCUGUUUAAUAUUCUUUUGCUUGCUCGUCUUUGGUUUGUUGAUAACUCUCUCGUCUUCCGGUCAACUUUACAGAAACCUCUUGUUUUUGUUAUUGUUCUGUGUAAUGUUCAGUAGCCUGAACAAGUUUGACACUUGAUGAUGAUUUUCCAUUGUAUUUGGGUGUGGCCAUAAUCCUUUGGCGCAUGGAAUAUUAAUUUGCUGAUGUAAGCUAGUGGCAAGUACUGUUUAACAUA